AUGGAUUUGUAUCUCAUCGUUUUGUGUCUUUUGGUCAUUUACAUUAAAGAUAGCCUCCAGGGACCGCACGAGAAGCGGCUGCUCAACAAUCUGCUGGCCACGUACAACACCCUCGAACGACCGGUCGCCAACGAGUCCGACCCGCUGGAAGUGAAGUUUGGGCUGACGCUGCAGCAGAUAAUCGAUGUUGAUGAAAAAAAUCAGAUACUCACUACCAACGCGUGGUUGAAUCUGGACGAGAAGAAUCAACUUUUAAUAACAAACAUAUGGCUGUCGUUGGAAUGGAACGAUUACAACUUGCGCUGGAACGAUUCCGAGUACGGUGGCGUGAGGGAUUUGAGAAUUACCCCGAACAAGCUCUGGAAACCGGAUGUGCUGAUGUACAACAGUGCUGAUGAAGGAUUCGAUGGAACAUAUCAUACGAACAUAGUUGUGAAGAACAAUGGAAGCUGCUUGUAUGUUCCUCCCGGCAUUUUCAAGAGCACUUGUAAAAUCGACAUCACCUGGUUCCCGUUUGACGAUCAACACUGCGAGAUGAAGUUCGGCAGUUGGACGUACGAUGGCAAUCAGCUGGAUCUUGUACUAAAUUCUGAAGAUGGAGGAGAUCUAUCGGAUUUCAUUACGAACGGUGAAUGGUAUCUUAUAGGAAUGCCUGGAAAGAAAAAUACAAUAACAUAUCAGUGUUGCCCUGAGCCGUACGUUGACAUUACGUUCACCAUACAGAUUCGAAGAAGAACGCUUUAUUACUUCUUCAACUUGAUAGUUCCAUGCGUCUUGAUUUCAUCGAUGGCCCUACUGGGAUUCACGCUUCCACCGGAUUCUGGCGAAAAGUUGACUCUAGGUGUAACUAUACUGCUAUCACUCACUGUAUUCCUUAAUUUAGUCGCGGAGACGUUACCUCAAGUAUCUGAUGCAAUUCCGUUACUAGGCACGUACUUCAACUGCAUUAUGUUUAUGGUGGCUUCGUCCGUUGUCCUGACGGUUGUCGUACUGAACUACCAUCACCGGACGGCUGACAUCCACGAGAUGCCUCCAUGGAUCAAAUCCGUCUUUCUGCAGUGGCUACCGUGGAUAUUGCGAAUGGGGCGGCCAGGGCGAAAACUCACCCGUAAAACCAUCAUCCUGAGCAACCGUAUGAAGGAGCUGGAGCUGAAGGAACGAUCGUCGAAAUCACUGUUGGCCAACGUGCUCGACAUCGAUGACGAUUUCCGGCACCCGUGCUCGGGCAUAUCCGGUUCCACUACCGCCAUCGGGGGUUCAGUCUUUACGCGUCUUACAACGGUCGAAGAGCAGAACACCAGUACCGGAUGUUCGCACAAGGACCUUCAUCACAUACUGAAGGAGCUGCAGUUCAUCACCAACCGUAUGCGAAAGGCGGACGAGGAGCAGGAACUGAUCAGUGACUGGAAGUUCGCCGCGAUGGUUGUUGACAGAUUUUGCCUUUUCGUGUUUACAUUAUUUACAAUAAUUGCGACAGUCACUGUGCUUCUAUCUGCUCCUCACAUAAUAGUGCAAUAA